UUCUGCAUAGACACGGAGAAAUCGCGUCCUUAGAAAUUUUAAUUCAUUUCCUCAACAAUUACUGUAGCCCUGUUGCACCAACUAUCAUAGUCUCAUGUAACCGCGACUUUCUCUAACUUUAUUGAACCUGCAACAAUCUCGUCCAUCUGAGUUUAGCCCAAGUUUCAGAUCCAUUUCUGAGUAAAACCAUCAAUCAAUUAAAACCCAUCUACCAAAAACCACCGAUUUUCUCUUAAUCCUCUCCUGAUUCAAUGCUGGUUCAGAUUUAGGAAGGGUUUCUCCGACCCCAACAAUGGCUGUCUCUAAAUUUGAGGGAUCGAAGCAAUACUAUGCCACAAGUAGCUUGGUUGUAGGUUAUGCUCUGUGUUCUAGCUUACUUGCUGUCAUUAACAAGUAUGCCAUUACUGAAUUCAAUUUCCCUGGCCUAUUAACUGCAUUGCAAUACCUCACCUCCGCUUUGGGUGUCUGGGUUUUGGGGAAGUUAGGGUUUCUUCACCAUGAUCCGUUCUCCUUUGAAACUGCAAAAAAGUUCUUGCCUGCGGCUAUUGUGUUUUACCUUGCAAUUUUCACAAACACCAAUCUUUUACGCCAUGCGAACGUUGAUACCUUCAUUGUGUUCAGGUCUCUCACUCCCCUUCUUGUUGCCAUUGCUGAUACCACUUUUAGGAGGCAGCCACUUCCAUCAAAUCUCACUUUCAUUUCUCUUGUUAUUAUCUUGGCUGGUGCAAUUGGGUAUGUGGCCACUGAUUCAGCUUUUACAUUGACUGCUUAUUCUUGGGCUUUUGCUUAUUUGAUAACCAUCACUACUGAGAUGGUCUAUAUCAAGCACAUGGUUACCAAUUUGGGUUUGAACACCUGGGGCUUUGUCUUUUACAAUAAUCUAUUGUCUUUGGUUAUGGCUCCCUUCUUUUCGUUUAUCACUGGGGAGUACAUUGAAGUUUUUACCGCGGUUCAAGGAUCUAAUUCUGGUUCUUGGAUUGGGUCUGGAGCCUUUUUUGCAGUUGGGUUAUCUUGUGUUUUCGGUUUAGCAAUAAGUUUCUUUGGAUUUGCGGCGAGGAAGGCCAUUUCAGCUACUGCUUUUACCGUCACCGGCGUCGUGAACAAGUUUCUCACGGUUGUCAUUAAUAUGUUGAUUUGGGAUAAGCAUGCUAGUCCAUUUGGUCUUGUUUGUUUGCUCUUUACCCUUUUGGGGGGAGUUUUGUAUCAGCAAUCGGUAACUAAGGCACCCCCAUCUCAGCAUGAGUCAACAGGGGUGAAGCAAUCGGGUGGUGUCGAUGGUGAUUCUUCAGGCAUUGAUCAAGGAAAGGGAUUAUUUGGUAAACUUUCUGAUGUUUGAUUAAUGCGACAAGGAUAAUCUACACGUGAGGGAAGAAAUUUCAGCUAUUUGAAAUUUCAGCUAUUUGAGGGAGGUAAUGUUCAAGCCUUGUGUGGCAUAAAUGGAGAUUUUGCUUCUGGACUAAUUUACACUACUGCAUAAAGGGUGUAUUUUUGUAUCCCCUCCCCCUUGAUCAUUGACAAUGUCGAGAACAAUUGUCAUAGUGUAUUUUUGUAUCCCCUCCCCCUUGGUCAUUGACAUUGUCAAGAACAAUUGUCAUAGAAUGUCUAAUAUUUUGGUUCCUUUUAUUUGUUCCUUGAAUUACUCAAUUUUGCUUCUGGACUAAUUUACACUACUGCAUAAAGGGUGUAUUUUUGUAUCCCCUCCCCCUUGAUCAUUGACAUUAUUGAGAACAAUUGUCAUAGAAUGUCUAGUAUUUUGGUUC